AUGUCAGGUAGGUAGUAUAUACCACGCACGCGAUGGGGCCUUGGGCCAUGCGCAUGCGGUUAUUUUCUUUAUGAUGUCAUGAUUAUUUUUCUUGGGUUUCGAAGAUGACUAGACUGCGAUCCUGCUCCCUAUCUUGCUAAUGCUCGCUACUUCUACAAGGGCAGCGGCAACUUGCUCUGCUGGAACAACUGCCACUGCUGCCGGCGAAAGGAGAGAUCUUCUAAAUGGAUGGGUGCAUAUAAACAAGAACGAAGUGGCCACUUGUAAUGGAACAGUGUAUGGCUGGAGCUACUGCUUGGAUCCUUUCGAUAAUAGGCAAGCACAAGAGAUACAAAUCGCCAUGUAUCGACUCCAGCCGAAUGGGACUUACAGUCUAGUUGAAGGCAGUUAUCACGAGCUGAAAAUUGAUGAGCAAACGGACUCGUUCACUUGUGGAAAUAUCACGUUACAGGCUUCAGAGCGGUUUCACUGUCCGGCAAGGUGA